CAAACGAUUGGCACUAUUUUCGACCCCCACCCCCACAUGGUCGGGGCUGGCCACACGGAGCCAAUCUCAACCAAUGUUUUCCAACACUCAACCAAUGACUUGGCUGACCACCAGUGAGCCUAUGCAAUUAGAAGAACGUGUUCUGAACACGGAUUGGAUUUUGUUCAACGUUCAACACUCUGGAUAUUAUAGAGUCAACUACGAUACUGAGAACUGGUACCUUUUAAUUGACCAACUGCAACAAGAUCAUAGGAAAAUACACGUCUUGAAUAGAGCUCAACUAAUCGAUGACGCGUUUGCUUUAGCUUACGAUGAGCAUUUGAGCUAUGCGAUAGCUCUAAAGUUGGCUGAUUACUUACCAAAGGAAACAGAAAUGAUUCCUUGGUACGCAGCCAUCAAGGCAUUCAAUAGACUUCGGUUGAAAUUGCACGAUUCUCCUAACUACGAAUUUUUCCAAAGCUACUUGCGCAAUUUAGCCAAAAAUUCUAUCAAAAUAUUCAAGUUCCGUAUGUCAUUGACAGACUAUCAUAUCGAGAGAAUAGUAAAACCUCAAUUCUUGAUGCUGGCUUGCGAAAUGGGCAUCGAAGAUUGCAUUGAAAACUCACUCAACGAGUACAACUCUCAUAAAGACAACCUCGUCAACGUCCAACCUGAUUUAAAUGAUGUGGUGUUUUGUCACGCUUUAAUCAAUUCGAAAGAUCAACAAACAGUGUUCAUUAACUUAUGGAACGAGUACACAAAGAGUAAAAUUCCUUUUGAAAAAACCCAAAUCCUCACUGCACUCAGUUGUGCCUCAGAUGAAGGUGUUAUCAGAAACAUAUUAACGAAGAUGACCAACCCAAACAAUAAAGAAAUUCAAAAACAGGACAGAUCCUAUUUCUUGACUCCGUUGGCUACAAGAAUGUCUGGCAUCACAGCAGCCUUAAGAUUUGCAAUAGGAGAAACCGAGACGAUAAACCGAAUGGAGGAUGGAAUUUCAUUCUUCAAAGACCUUCUGCGACCGAUGGAAAACAACAUCAGAAGCCAAUAUCAAGUAGAACAGUUGAAAAACUUGGAAAACGCGUUAAAUUUGCUCGAUGAAAAUAAAUACGGCGAGAUCAUUUCCAUAAUCAAACAUCUUCAGUCUACUUCCGCAAGUACGAUCAAUUACAACGCUCAGAAGCUAGAUAGAAUGCAGAAAGAAUCUUCACAGUCGGAGGCAGAUACGAAAGUAAUUCCAUCAAAACCUGUUCAACCAUCUGAUCAGCCAUCAAAUUCCGGAGCUGCGAUUACCAUUUUCAAUUUUAAAUUGCAAUUGGUUCUUGUUGGUGUUGCGACUUAUAUGUUGAAUAAUUUUUAAAUGUUCAAAAACGAUGCAUUUAUACUUGACAAAAAAUGAAUACUAAAAUUCAAAAUCGAAAAUUCGCAAUUUUUUCGUUUUUUUUUAGCCUUUUGGCGUUUGAAAAUCAGAAUCAAAAAGAGAACAGAAUUGCCAAUUUUGGCCGAGCAAAGGGAGGGCGAAAGCUCUUGAAAAUUCACAAUUCUUCAUUUUUUGAGGGGGGGGGGACAUAAUUUUAUAUUUUCAAAAACAACCAAGUUUGGCAAUUGGAAAGUUUCGAGUAAACCAACAUUAUUUUUGAUGCGAAAAGUCAAUUUUUCUACUCUCUUUGGCCGGAGAAAGGAAAAGUAGAAUGAUCUGGCCCGAGCCAAGCAAGGGUGGGAACUUUUGAAAAUUUAUCAUUCAAGAAGUAAAAACAAAUUCUCAAUUUUUUGCCUGAAUUUUUCUGGAUUGUGAGGAAGUGAGACGUCUUCCACACUUCUCCAUUCAGCACGCCCCUGGAUUUACUAUUCAAAAAUAUAAUAUUAGGUACAUGGUACAUUUUUAAAACUGAGGCCAUCUUCAAACUUGAAAAAAAAAUUCAAGAGAAGGAAUUCUUUCACCCUACCACUAAAUACAGCGUCUCGUACGUUUCUUAUUCAAUUUCAACAAUUAGGCCAUGACCUUAUCAAAUAUGAUAUCACUAGUAUGAAUUUUUAAUGAGUACGAAAUGCAUAUACAUCAAAUCGCAUCCUCUCCGAAGUUAUGUCGUAAUUACCAUCUAUAAUGUACACCAUCUCUGCUGAAAAAAAAAAACAGUGUAGUGUAAACUAUAACCCAAAUAUACAGUGAACGUG